GCUCCUCAGCCAGACCGUCGGUUGGUCGCGGAGGGACCGGAGCAGCGAGAGCUAUUUACCAACCCACACCUCCUCUUCCCUCGUGAUACCGACAGACGAACACCAAGAGAUCUCGGCGAGCAAUUCCCAAGCCCUCUCGUCUCGAGAUGGAGCGGGUGCAGCCUACAGGAGAAAAUUAUGCAAAUCCGAGGACUUGUUUUUUCCAUGUUCUCUUCAAGGCUGCAGCAUUGGCGUUCUAUAUUCUCUCAGCUCUUUUCUUCAAUAGUUUUGUGAUCAUUUUCGUGGUUACUGUUCUUCUUGCUGCUCUUGAUUUUUGGGUCGUCAAGAAUGUGAGUGGACGGAUAUUGGUUGGUCUGAGGUGGUGGAAUGAGAUAAAUGAACAAGGAGAGAGUGUGUGGAAGUUUGAGUGCUUGGAUCAAGAGUCUCUUGCUCGCAUGAAUAAGAAGGACUCAUGGCUCUUUUGGUGGACACUUUAUCUCACGGCUGUUGCAUGGAUUUUCCUUGGGAUAUUCUCACUUAUAAGGUUUCAAGCAGAUUAUCUAUUAGUUGUUGGAGUUUGUCUGAGCCUCAGCAUUGCAAACAUUGUUGGCUUCACAAAAUGCCGUAAAGAUGCCAAGAAACAGAUCCAACAAUUUGCUUCUCAGACAAUUGCAUCACGUUUUAGCUCGACACUACAAUCAGCUUUCAGUGUUGUGUGAGGUUGUAUAGGAGUUAUAGAGGGCACAAUGUAAAAAUCAUGAUAUUAAGAAAUUUUUGUGUUGUGAUCACCAUGUAGUUUGAUUCAUGAUGUCUUCCGCCUGCAAGAUGAUAGCAUAGUGCACGUUUUAUGUAGAGGACCCUUCAAUCUGUGAUAUCUUUGUAUACCAGACGCGGAACAUUCACAAGCUGGUGUGGUCAUUCUCAUCAAUAUCCCUGAAUAAAAAAAAGUCACAUUACCAUGAGGUUGUAGACUCUA